CACAACUUCAACAGGGAGGUCCUGAUGAAAAAGAGAAGACUACAGCAUUAAAGGGUACAAAUUAAUUUGGAACUUCUCCUCCAUAGGCACUCCGUAGACUUUGUUCUGAUGAACUAUAAUUUUGUGGUUAGUGAAACAGAUUUGUUGUCUAGAAUAGACUUGGAUGAACUAAUGAAAAAAGAUGAGCCACCUCUUGAGUUUCCUGAUACACUUGAAGGAUUUGAAUAUGCUUUUAAUGAAAAAGGACAGUUAAGACAUAUAAAAACGGGAGAGCCAUUUGUUUUUAACUACCGUGAAGAUUUGCACAGAUGGAACCAAAAGCGCUAUGAAGCUCUUGGAGAGAUCAUCACCAAAUAUGUAUAUGAACUACUGGAAGAAGAAUGCCAUUUGAAAAAAGUAUACAUACCGGUAGAUGCCACGGAAGGUGAACCCCGGAGUUUUAUCUUUAUGAGUGAGGAUGCAAUGACAAAUCCAGACAAACUGAUGGUUUUAAUUCACGGUAGUGGUGUUGUUCGAGCAGGACAGUGGGCAAGAAGGCUUAUUAUAAAUGAAGAUCUGGACAGUGGUACUCAGAUUCCCUACAUUAAAAGAGCUAUUGAGGAAGGCUAUGGAGUAAUAGUACUGAAUCCGAAUGAGAACUAUAUUGAGAUUGAAAAGACAAAAGCCCAAGUACAGCUGUCUCCUGAUAGCUCAGAUGAACCUGCAGAAAAGAGAGAGAGAAAAGAUAAAAUCCAAAAAGAUACAAAGAAGCGACGGGACUUCUAUGAGAAAUAUCGGAAUCCACAAAAAGAAAAGGAAACAGUACAAUUGUAUAUUAGAGAAAAUGGCUCUCCUGAAGAACAUGCAAUUUACAUAUGGGAUCACUUUAUCUCGCAAUCAGCAGCUGAAAAUGUUUUUUUUGUGGCUCACAGUUAUGGUGGACUUGCAUUUGUGGAACUGAUGAUUCAACGAGAGGCAGAAGUAAAGAAUAAAGUUACUGCUGUAGCAUUGACAGACUCAGUUCACAACGUGUGGCAUCAAGAAGCUGGCAAAACUAUUCGAGAGUGGAUGCGAGAGAACUGCUGUAAUUGGGUGUCAAGUUCAGAUCCUCUGGAUACAUCAGUAGAGUCCAUGUUACCUGACUGUCCACGUGUCUCUGCAGGCACGGAGCGGCACGAGCUGACCUCGUGGAAGAGCUACGCGUCGAUCUUCCGCUUCUUCGGCGACGCCAUGGAGGCGAGGAGCAGCUCGGGCAAAGCGGCUCCGACGCGCCGCUCGCAGCGGAUCCGCUACGAGGAGCUGUAACCGGGCGGGAGGCGGGCGGGCGGGAGCCGGCGCCUGCUUGCUUGCCUGCGUGUCUGGGCGGCGGCGCUCGGCAGUCCCAGCCCCUCAUUAGAUUGUUUUCUUCCUAGAGCACAGGGUCGCCGUGUCUACAUCUAAGUAGCGUUUUGCAUUAUUUCUAGAUGAGUGCAACUGUCAAAGCAAUAUGGGUUCACUGGUUGUGCUUCCUGUGGGCUGCGGCGGGGAUUUCGGGCUGCCCAUCAGUGCGCAGAUUAAGGCUGACAGCAGCACCGCACCGCGCAGCCUGGUGCAGCUCUAAUUGCCCUGACAGAGCCCGGCACCGAGCUGAUGGCAGGCGGACGCGGCGCCUCCCAGGUCCUAGCGCCCGGCCCUUCUUCCUCCUCUUCCCCGGGGCACUGGGCCUCCCCUCGCCCCUCCCCGCAGUCGGAGCUCACAUUUAUUUCUCCUUGAUUUUAAUGGUGGACUUCAACUCCCGCUGACCAUGGUCCCGCCCACGCGUUAGGCUUUUUAAUGAUUUCCCGCAAACACUUUGGGCGGGUUUUUAAAAAAUAAUAAUAAAAUGUUUUCGUGCUUUUUAAAUUCAGGGGUCCUAAUAAACUGUAUUGACACAAUGGUAGCGAUCCUUAGCCCUGCACGUCUACUAUGAGACUUACGUGUCGCGUCAAUGUGUUUAGGAUGCGCGUGUAACUCCAGCAAUGGCUAUUUUACUCAUUCUACUUCAGGCUGCGGAGAGGCUGUGCCACCCAAAGUGAAACGAUACAUUUAAUCAGUGGGUGCUUUGUUUGGUGUUUAUUAAUGAGGAAGACUUGCGCGACUUCAGCAAAUCUGAACAUGGAAAGAGGACUUAAUUUUACUUCCAAAUGCUCCAAAACUACCGAGCGCUCUUUGCUUAUGGGGUUCCUAGUGAGUUUGCUGAGUCAUUAAAAAAAACCUAAAAGGAUGUUUUAGCGACAAAUGUAAUAUAGAGCAAAUAAUACCAAUAUUUAAAAUGUUGCUUCUAAUACUUGGUUGAAACGUUUAUUUUUUAUUCUAACAGAAUCUCUAUUUUGUAACAAAUCAGAUAGCGAAGAACUUUUUAAAAAAUCCUGGACGCUCCCAGGACGCCGCCUCUCCGCCCUGGGCUUCCCGGUUCGAGGCCGGGGCAGCAGAGUUUUCCAUUUCUUGCUGAAACAGGGUCCGCCUUUGCCGGUAGGGGCGAUUUCCCCCCUCCCUGCCGAAAGAUCUUUUUUUCUCACUCAAUCUGUUGAACUCCUGAAGCCAGUUUCGUUUUACCUUCACCGUCUGGUGACACUGUGAAAUAUUAAUAGCAAAAAAGAAAGAAAGAAAAGAAGCAUGUAUUACUGACGUUGCUAAUCACUUUUGUUAUAAGCAAGAUGACGUCGUUUUUACAUUCCUUAAAUUCCUCACGGCUUUCAAUGAGUCCAGACUCUUUAUAAUUUCACGCAGACCUAAAAGUCCAUCUGUUGUCACCGAGUGUUUCCAGUUACCAUGAUGCUCAAAUAGGGUCUGCCUUCGACCCAACUCCGCAAACUCACCGGCUUCAAGGCCCCAAAGUCGUUGCCAGUGUGGAUAAGAGGAGUGGGGUCCCUAUGGGCCUCAUCUCACACACCCCAAAGCUCUGUCCGACCCAGACUCCAAGCCUGGGGCGCCCUCUCCACGUUCUCUGCCAGGCCACGAGGUUCAGGGCGCCUCGCUCAGCUGACUGCCGGGAGCUGCUGCCCUGCGCGCAGCUUGCGCAGAGGGAUCCCCAGCGGAUGACGACCCGGCCUCUUCCAGAGUAGCAGCGCCUGGCUGGUGCUCGAGUAGGCACGCCGGGGCACCAAGGAGCAUUUGAACUUUUCCUGGCCUCCCCUAUCAGAUGUUACCCGAGCGAAAGAGGGGGUCACAUUUCAUCUCAUGCAUGCAUUCAGUGGCUGGGCGAUUUCGUUAGAUACCACCACCAGCUCGUUUGAAAGGGAAGCUUUUGGGAUUUCAGAACAGACGUAUUGGCGCACGUCUUUGAAAACGCUGCUGUUAAGAUUAUCCCAAAGGGCGCAAUUCGGGUUAAGGGGCCCUGUCGGUGUAAAGGAGAGAGAGAGAGAGAGAAGGGCUUCCCUUCCAUCGGAAACCUGCUAGCGCCAUCUCUCUGGGGGCAGAUUCAAAGCCAGAGUCAAGUGGCUCCAAGUGCAGAGGUGAAGGUGGCCUGUCUCAGCGCGUUCGCUUCCUCGCCUAACCUCUUCUGUUCUGUGAAGGGGUAACCUUUCAGACUAGCAAGUUGAACACCUACUCUUCUGUGCAGGGAGAAUGAACGAGCCAUAGUUGCGGCAGGAAUAGUUUCCUAAUCGCUUCCCUGGUGACCAUCUCCCCCACCUGAUGGUCCCGGUCUCCUGUUUUCCCCCGACAUCCCUGUUAUCUGGAACUGCUCCUCUCUCUUCUUUCACCCACCCGCCUGGGCCCACCUUAACGUCAGCUUCAGGGUGGUAGACGGUCGACCUGGUCUUUUCGCUUAUCCAUGGUUUUUCUUUCCUUAGCUGUGAUCUUGUGGGCUUUUUCCACAGCAACCCUUAGACUUUACCCUGUCUUUUGUGAAAGCCUCUGGGGCUCUGCAAAGUGCCAAAUCUCACCAAACGAGUUUUUUUUCUCUCUCCAAAGUGUCACGGUUGAGAUUUCUACUCCUUCCGGUGUGCUCCCACCAGCCCUUUGCUCUGUAUCUCGUGCAGUUGCCUGGGUUGUGUUCUCGCUGCUUCUGGACCCAAUUGUAAAGCACACAGGGAGCUGUUAAAGGGUUGUCUCUUUCUGUUUACACUGAACCAAUUAAAAAAAUGGUUUCUCUUUUAA